AUGGCCGCCGCCGAUGGUGCCACCAUGAGCACACCGACCUUUUUUCGCAUCAACUGCUCGCACAAGGACCUGUUCCGUGAGUCGUAUAUUCGGUGCUACCAGAACCAUGGCCUCAAGGUGAUUCGGUGCUUCCCCCACUGUUGCCCGCACAUGGAGUACCGUGGCUGCGGGUCCUCACUCAGCGUUCGAGUGCACGAUCCCGCCCACUACGAUAGAAAUGACUUGCAAGCGUUUGGUCGAUUUCAAGUCGCUUCAGAGGCGACCUACGCCCCCAACGACGUCGUGUCCCUGUCCACCUUCACCAGCGAUUUGCGCAGCCAACGAAAUGCAAUGGGUUUGUGGCUACAAGGUCACCGCCAACCUCCUGGCGAGGACGGGUCGUUGGUGUAUCAUUUCAACGAAAAGCGAACGGACGGGUGGCAUUACACGUGGCACGGGGGUUCGAGCACGAAAAAGCGAGAAGCCCUGCAUUUGUUUCAAGUGUACGUUGUCGCAGUUGUCCCCAACAACAACGACGACAAGUGCGUGAUUGGGUGGAGUGUGGCGACACCGCCGUUCAAACUGUCGUCGUAUCGCAGAGCGAAAUCUGCCGACGACAGCAGCAGCAGCGACGUGGUGAAGCCCAAAGUGGUCAAAACCACCAGAACCACCCAACCAGCCCAAUUAGCCCCUCGUCGUGGUGGCCUACCAGUGAAAUCAGAAGCGUUGACGCGAAUCCAACGCCAAGCCCAUCAACUGGCGAUAGCACACACGUUUUGCACGUCGAUUUUGAUUGGCGAUGUGGCGCAGAGGUGGCCAGCGAUUGAACGGCAACUGGUGGCCCAGUGCCGCGACUGGAUCGGGCAUCCAAGCGAUGACGUGGCAACGUCUAUGCCAACGAUGCCGUCGGUCGUGUUGCCGCCAGAACUGAUCCAAGUGUCUGGCAUGCCAUGGGGCGCCCACCACGAGAUUGCGCUCAAUAUGAUUUGGCGGUGGUUUGAUCCAGCUGUGUUUACCCGCGUGCAGCAAUACACACACGACCACGCCUGCGACGACGUUCACUUGAUGCCUCAAGUGUACGACGUCGGCAUCGGUUUCCUCCACUCGAUGGUCGCAGAUAUGCUGGCAAGUCACUCGCACUCAUUCGACGAGUUCGUUCGACUUGCGUUGGCCAAUGACAGCAACCCACUACCAGCUCAUCGCGAACCACCGACGAUUGGCCUGCAUGCAUUGCUACGCACGUUGCAAACAAAUGCCAAGCUAAAAAACUCCGAUGCUGCUGCUUUCAACACUCCAUCGCAGCAACUGCGUAUACAGCAAACCCAUGAGUUUUGGGUCUUGUCGAUCGUGCAACUCCGUCGCAUGAGCCUUCGGCCGACUGUGGUGGCAUUCUUUCGGGUGUUUACCAUGCUGUUUGCUGUACACACGCGUCUGGACGGCCACCUCUUUUUUGUCAAGUCGCAUGUACCCAUGUUCGUGGCCAUGGGGACCGAGUUCCAUCUAAACGGCGAGCCGAAUCAAUUUCAAGCGUUUCCCAACGGCGAAUCCUGUGGCCUCCAUCGGUUUCAAUUGGACGGCGAUUACAUUGGGUGGACAGAGGUGUAUACGUGGUCAGUGGGCGAUUCCCCCCCCCGGUGGUGUACCCUAUUGCGGGUGUGCAUCUCACCCGAUGUCCAAAAUUCGAAACUCUGUCGCGUAGCGUGGACAUUGGAAUACUCGGACCAUUCGUCGAUGGAAAACCUCAAACACUUGGGGGUAGACGACCGAAUUCGAGUGUGGAACGAUGUCCCACAUUCGCUCGUGCUACAGCUCGACACGACGUAUACACGGAUGGAUAACGUUUAA